CUCCUUUACAGUAAAGCGGCACAGGAAGAGGCAGGGCCCAGUGGGUGGAAAGGCCGCUUGUUCCGCACGGUGGCUUUAGCAGCCUCGCUGGCCACAGGAGAGUGCCGGGCUGGGGCGCGGGCAAUGUUGCUGCUGGCUGCGGUAGGAGGGUGCCGAGCGCCAGGGCCAAGGUUGCACGGUGCCGGGCGGUGCAGAGUUCUUCGGCUGCUGGAGAAAUGCUCGGUAACCGGCUGGCACCCGCCAGUCCUCGCUCCAGCCUCGGGCUGCAGGCCGGAACCGCGAACUGGAUGGCACAAAGCAGCUCGAGCCUUCCCGAGUAUGGCGGGAAGCAAACAGGUUCUGUUUUCUCGUGAGACUCCUCUUUGCUGUUUCAGCACAUCAUCCCUACAUGACAGUUCUGAACUUGGAAGAUUGGUUUACUGUGGAAAUUUGGCCAAGUUGGUACUCUGUGUGAAAUUUUUCUCCUACUCUACCAGCAUGUUUAGUCUUUGCAUGAUGCCUUUCAUCAUCUCCACAACAGGGAUAAGUUCUGACAGCCUGCCCUUGCAAAUUGCCUUUUAUAGUAUUAUAGGAUUCUUUACAUUUGUGACACCAAUUACCUUGCAUUUUAUUACAAAGGGCUACGUGAUUCGCUUAUAUCAUAAGGCUAAAACGGACACCUACACGGCCAUUACAUACAGUGCCAUUUUGGCAGAAAAGAAAACUGUAUUCCAUCAGAAGGAUGUGAAAAUCCCGGACAUCAGCAAGAUGUUCACAACAUUUUACGCUAGAACAAAAUCAAUGCUUGUAAACCCAGGGCUAUUCCAUUAUGCUGAAGACUAUAACCAUCUUAUGGGAUAUGAUAAGCCCUUCACAUUUGACCUGGAAGAAUCAAAAGAAUCCAUGGAAGGCAAACUCUAAAGUAUCAGAUGGUUGAGUUUUAGAAAUUUGUAUAUGUGCAGAUGACUCACAGUUUGCAAAAUCCCCAAAGCAUUUUCUCCGUUUAAAAAGUUCGCUCACAAUGUCUUUAAACAUUGAUUAAAACUGAAAUUAAUUUUGAAAAAAGAGUAUGUAGAAGGUGCCUUAUGUGCGAUUAGCAUGAGUCCUAUCUUUAGUCAUUAAGUACAUCUGAUAUUUGUAUGUUUCAUCUUGCAAACUUUAGAGGGUCAUCUGUGUAUGGGGAGUACUCUUUUUCUAACUGAGUGUUUGUUCAGGGUGGGCAAUGCCCCAUGUGAAAUUCAUAAAAUUUUCUUUAGUGUUGUAACCCCUUUGUGUAUCCCUUCCAGCCAUGGCCAAGUGCAUACUAUACUAGAAGCAUUCUUGUGAAAUACAAAUCAAUGUUUGUUUGUUUGUUUUGCGUCAAGUCAUAUCUGAGCUAGGGAAGCAUCAUUUUUUCAUCUGUGGGGAACACCCAUUUUGAUUCAGCUGCCUCCAGGAUGAUAACUUGAAACCUUGUAACUUUUUGUGAUUGGUUCCGAAACCCAUGGUAGCCAUGUUGAGAUGGUGCCCCACUAUCUGUUCUCAAAAUUCCAAAAGUACUGUGAGGCUCCAUAAGGUUUGGGACCACCAUGUUAAAUCUUGAACAAGCAAGUCUUGCCCUUUGACUGGCAACAUAUGCUGAAGUACAGCAGCUCCAUUUAAAAGACCCUCACUGUAUAAGAUUCUGGAUCCUGGAGUGUUCCUACACAUGAUCAUUCACUUUUUGGUCCCUCAAAAUGUUCGUAUUUAUGUCCAGUUUAGUCUUUGUUUUUGUGGAACAGAAGUAAGAAAAAAUGGGCAAUUUGUAGUAUUAAUGUAGGUUGUGGCCAAUGUAGGCUUUACAUUUGCAAAAACCACUUUGAACCCCAUGUGUGAAAAAAUUCAUUGCUUGUUCCAUCUUUCAGCAUACUUGAAGAAAGACUUGGCAGUGCUGGGCUGAUAUUGGUAUACUGAUUGUGUCCAGAGCUAUUGCUCAACAUUGGUGAAUAGUAUUCUUGACGGCUACCACUAUAACUGCAAUAUGACUAUGAAGCCUUGGAGGGUGAAAAAGUUCUUGAAAUAUUUGUAACUUACAUGUGAGAUGAGUGUAUUAAGUUCAUAGAAAUAUUAAACUGGUGUUCUUCUUUGGUGUGUGUAUCUUAGACAAAUAAAAAUAUAUGAUAUAGCA